AUGUUUAUAAUUUUAUUAUUCUAGAGUGUAUAUACAUUAGCAUAGGACAAUUUUUUAUGUGGAUUGAGAUUAUAUUAUGCCUAAGAAUCUUAUUUCUUGCUUGAUUAACAUACAGAGAAGUAAUUUGUAUUUAUUUUAUUUGAGCACUAUGCCAUAUAUUUUGACGAGCAAAUCACCACAUUUUGCUUUAGAUAUCUAAUAGAACUAUUAAUAAGCACUUGCAAUGAAUAAUAACUCUUACUUUCUCAUUAAUUUUCCUGAUGUCUAUAUCUUUGCAGGAAAUGCUAGUGAUUUAUAAUGGUUGUAAAUUUAGGAAUUCAAGGUUAAACAAAAUUAAACUAAAGUUGAUGUUUUAAUUUACAAUGAUUAUUAUGGAUAUUAUGUAGAUAAAGGUGAUUAAGGUGGUCAUUUGUUAAUUUCUAAAUAAAAUCUCAAGAGAGAAUUUUCAUUUGGUAAAACGGAUGCAGUUGAUAAAUUUCUUAAACCUGAAUUUAUUUAUAUUGUAACUUGGUCAUCAUAAGGAGAUGUUAUAAUGAUGCUCAAAAGAUUUAUUUAAUUUAUUACAGAAUCAGAAGGAAUUGAUUAUUGUCAACAAAAGACUUUAAGUAUUUCUUUAGAUUAAAUUAAAUGUAAUUUGGAUUUGAAUUUUGAUCAAUUAACUUUCCAUACUCCUGAUCUCUAUCAUCCACCAAUUCAUUAUCAUUUAGGAAAUUAAACUAUUAAUGGAUCUCUACCAAAUCAAUAUUUUACCAAAAAUUAUCCAGGCUUAUAAGUGUUUGUUGCUUAAAGCUUAAAUGAUACUUUAGAAAUUAAAAUACCAAUUAAAAAUAUGCAAACUUAGCAAAAUGCUGUAUAAUCUCCUUUAAGUGGAUUAAUUAUUACUGUAUAAUAAGAAAAUAGAGGGUUUAUACAUAUAUUUAUUUUUGAGAGUGACGAAGGAAUUAUUAUAAAUUACAAAGAAGAUGAAAAUUUAGCUUAUAUUACAAUAGGUUAGACAGAUUCCAAAAUUUUUGUUUUUUCUUUUGUUACCUCUUCCUUUACAAAAUUUCCUUAAAUUGAUAUUAUAGAACAUGUAUUUCAAGAUUGUGUUAAGAUAAUUUAAUAACGUAAUAAUGUUUGUGAGAAACCAACUAAAUAAUGUAAAGAUCUAUCAUACGAUUAUUUUCAUCAAUUUGAUUUUGACUUAAAUUAUAAUUAACAAGUAACAUUUAAAUUAAAUGGAGAAACAUUCAAUGCACCAUUUAUAGAAAUGUAUGAUAAUUUAAAUAUCAUUUUAAAUGAAUUUAAUAUAUUAAUUUCAUCAGACAUAAAUAAUCGAGAAAUGAAUCAUGGUGGAUAUAUAGGGUCAUUUUUAAGAAUAACAAAUAAAAAUUAAAGCAUUAAUUCUUUAAUAAUAAAUGAAUAGAAUGAAGAACUAGAAGUGUAUUAUAAUAUUAAUGAUAAUAUAUGUAUCUAAUUUCAUAAUAUGAAAAGAUUCCCAUUAAGUUUAAAAUACUAUUGGAAGAACAUAUAUUUUAGUAUUUGUAUCAUAAAAUGAAUUAACAGAUAUGCAAUGUCUUUAAAUAUUUAGAGAAUUCAUUGAUCAUAUUUAAAAAAUUUUUAUAAUUGAAUAAUGUAAAUAAUAUAAUUUAAUAAUAGUGGAAUAAAGAUGUGAAAGUUAAAUAAAAAAUUUUGAUGUGAUACCAAUACAGUAUAAAGAUAUUCACAAAUUAGUAAAAUAAGCAACAGAGUUACUUCAAAAAACUCACUAAUAAGAUUAAAAUAUUGAUGAGUAAAAUGAUUUUGAAUAUUCAACUAAUGAAGAUCCUGAUGAAUUGGAAUACUUAGAUGAAAAUGAAUAAAUGUAUAUGAUGAAUUAUGAAAAUUAAGUUGAGUAUUUAUCUGGCUAAGAUCCUACAAUGUAAAUGUCACAAGAAUAAAUUUAGUAAUAUUAAAGAAUGAUGGAUAUGGAAUAAGAAUAAUAAUUUUAAAACCAAUAUUAAUAAGAUUAAUAAUAAUAAAAAACUAAGAAAGUUGAAGAAAUUCAUUAUAAUGAUAUUGGAUAAAAAUAGAAAUAACAAGUUCAUUAAGUUGAAUAAAAAUUGCAAAAAAAGCAAUAGAAUUAAGAAUAGAAAUAAUAAAAAUAAAAUAUAAAACAAGCAGAAUAAAAAACUGAAAAGGUUUAAUAGAAUUUAAGAUAAAAUAAAUAAAAAUAGUAAAAUUAAUAAUAAUAAUAAUAAUAAUAAACUUAAUUACCAUCACAUUAAGAAUAUUAACAAACUUUUCAUCAAAGAGAGUAAUAAAAAGAAGAGUAUUAUGAUAGGAAUGAUAGACAAAGAAGAAGAGAUUAAUAUGGAAGAAGAGAUGACUAUUAUGGUAGAAGGGAAGAUUAUAAUAGAAGAGAUGAUAAUUAUGGUAGGAGAGACGAUUAUUAUGGUAGAAGAGAUGAGAAUUAUGGUAGAAGAGAUGAUUAUUAUGGAAGAAGAGAUGAUUAUUAUGGAAGAGAUGAUUAUUAUGGGAGGGAUGAUUAUUAUGAUAGAGAAGAUACUAGAAGAGGACCUGCAUUGACUGGAUAAAGUAUAAUUGUUCCUAAAAAUCCAAGUGAUUAAGAAUUAGGCAAGUUUUUUAGAGAAGUAAUAGGAAGAUUACAAACUAAAGGAAAAAAUUGAUAAUAAAAAAAUAUUAUAG